GCCAGGCCUUGCCGGGUUUCCUGAGCCUCGUUCGCUAGGCCCAAGCCUGGCGCGCUCUUGCAGAGAAGGAGAUCCCCGUUUCCUGGAGGAGGCGGAGAUCCCAACCAGAAGCAAGUGCAGGCUGGCGGGGGGAAAAACGUGGCGGGUGUGAUGCAGCCUGAAAGCGGCGGCCGGCCCGGAAGGGGAGGCAGAAAGCAAAACCGAAGGCGGCUGAGCGGCCGGGAGCGUCAGCCAGAAGGCGUCGGAGGCUGCACCGAAGACAGCCACAACCGGGGAAGCGGGAGCCGAGGAAGAGGCGGAGGACGUGGCAGGCGAGACUCUCGUGGCACAGCAGCCGCCACAUCUUCCUCCACUCCUCAUUGUUAUGAACCGGCUGCUGCUGAUUUCGAAUUGCAAGAGGAGGAAAAGGAAGAACAGGGAAGUUAUUCAAGAAGAAAGCUAGUUUCUAACUGGUAUCGUUAUGAAGAUGCUGAGAAGGAAAUACAAAGCGACAGUAGUGAAUCUCAGCGUGGGACAGACUUUAGUGUUCUGCUUAGCUCUGCAGGCGAUUCCUUUAUGCAGUUCAGAUUUGCAGAAGAAAAGGAGUGGGUCACAGAAAACCUUUGCCCUAAACAGUUACCUGGGUUCUAUGCUGACUGCCAGUCACUGGUCCAAGCAUUUGAAGAGCUGCCUCUGCAUCUCAAACUGAAUGUGGCUGCUGAUCUGCUGCAGGAUGCAGUACCUGCCACACUUCCCCCCAUUAAAUCGAAAAGUGAUGACAUCUCCAAGAGGACCGGUGCUCAUUUACAGCAGCUUGUGGGGCCAAGUCCAGUUGUGCCAAGCAGUUGUUCUGCUGAAGUCUCUGCUGCCCACUUGAUCCCACCUAAUAAAGAUGGAUUUGAAAUUAUUUCUUCAGAGGCCCUCCCGAAAAACCCUUUAGCUUCACACCAAGAAACAGAUCAAUUGGACAAAGACUUGGAUUUACUUCUGAAGUUGGAUGCUCCAGUUGAUUGUGAAACCAGCUCUGUGGUGGAAGCAAUGCCCCACAGCAAAAUGUAUGAGGAAGAGUUGGAAAAGUCUUUUGAAGAAAAUGAGCUUGAUGGAACUGGAGAAAAAAGCCCAGUAUCUCAACAGCAGCAAGUUGAAUCCAAAAGUAUUACUGAAGAAGACCUUGAAGACUGGUUGGACAGCAUGAUUUCCUAAGGCUUGCACUUUGGCUGUAACACUAGUAUCUGAAAAAUGAAGAUAAUAAUGGCUGGAUAUGAAAUAUUCAUUUGCAAGCAUUCAAAUUAAGUAGCCGUAUUGCGUGACAUUUUGAAAUGGCAUAUGCGGACUACUUCCAGGAAAUAUGUGUGUUAUCAGCAGAGAAUUAUUUAUAUCAAAAUGUCUGAAGAAAUGUAAUUACAUUAAUCAUAAAUUCUUGUAGAAAAAUUCAGAACUGUAUAAGUGGCUCAGGCAACCUAACACAGAUAAAAGCAAAACAUGUUCUGGUUUUUGUUGUGCAACUGUAAAGAAGAGCUAGUGCAGCUGUGUGUUAAUUCUACAGUUUGUAAUACAGCUUUCAAGGUAGUUUCUAACAAAAAAUAAUAAAGUGUGACAAAAUUGGA